AAUUUUGUUCAGUUCGAUUUAGCUACCUCUGAUAAACGGUUCGGCAUAUUUUUCCCUCGGGAUAACACACAGAAUUCGAUUAAAUAAAAAAAGAACGACGAAGAACAAAAAAAAAAAUAAGAAAAAAACCACAGUGGAAGAAAAAACCCAACUUAUAUCGAUGCAAUAGAGAGAGAAUCCAUCAUCCAAUCUCCGCGUAGUUUCUAAAUCAUUAAAAAUAGUGUUGUGCGUAUUAUUCGCCCUGUAACUGUGUGUGAAAUUUUUGUUAAUAAUAUUCUCAAAAAAACGACUUAAAUAAAUAGAAUCAACUGUAAAGUUAUUGUUAAAAUAAUAAUUUUUUUUUUUUGGUAAAUAUCUCUUCCUCUUCCCACAACUAGCUGGACCGUUUUUCAGAAAAAAUCCUGGUAGUGAUGUAACAGGGAACUUAUCUCUAACCCAUGAUGAAUUAAAACACAACAAAAAUAAGAAAGGAUUUUCUUGGUGUGGAUGCUCCCGACACAGUACCCUGUAAAAACACGUAUAUUUACUAACUAAAAAAGAAUUUUAUAAUAUUUUCUUAGCAAAAAUAACAAUAUUUAAAAUCCAUUUAUAAUAUAUCAUCACUGUUAUUGUUGUUGUUGCUUGUUGCAUUCUUUUCAACGCAAACAAAAAAAAAAAAACACUACUCGCCAUCUAUCAUCAGCUGUAAGUUUGAUUCAAUUCAACACUUACUGGAGUAUCCUCCCACCCAACCAACCCCUUGCGUGUGUGUCAAAUAGACACACACAACCAACCACAACAGCUCUCCCCCGAGUAUUGUCGGCGGCAAUGCUGAAUAGUCGAAACAGCACCUCAGCUGGUAAACAAUACGAUACAUCACCCCGUGAAAGUGGCGACGAUUCCGAAGAUGAGAGUGAAAUCCUGGAGGAAAGUCCCUGUGGUCGUUGGCUCAAACGGCGCGAGGAAGUCGAUCAGCGCGAUGUGCCCGGUAUCGAUUGUGUCCACCUGGCGAUGGACACCGAAGAGGGUGUCGAAGUUGUGUGGAGUGAAAUGCAACUAUCGGAAAAUACAGAUUUGAAAGAACAAGAAGUUCAAAUGCGUCAGAUAUUUGAAAGUCUACUUCAUUUGGAUCAUGAGAAUAUAGUAAAGUUUCAUCGUUACUGGACAGAUAUGAAAAGUGACAAACCUAGAGUCAUAUUUAUAACAGAGUAUAUGUCAUCUGGUUCAUUGAAACAGUUCCUGAAACUAACCAAACGGAAAGCUAAACGACUGCCUCUGCAAGCAUGGAGAAGAUGGUGUACGCAAAUUCUAUCAGCACUAAGUUACUUGCAUUCCUGUACGCCGCCAGUUAUACAUGGCAAUUUAACCUGUGAUACAUUAUUUAUUCAACAUAAUGGCUUAGUAAAAAUCGGUAGUGUAGUUCCCGAUGCAAUUCAUUUUAAUGUGAAGAAAAGUAAAGAAAUGACCGACAGCAGGCAUUUAAUGGCGCCCGAAUAUGAGCGAAAUUUAACACCUGCUGUGGAUAUUUAUUCCUUUGGUAUGUGUGCAUUAGAAAUGGCAGCUUUAGAAAUCCAAGAAAAUAGUGACUCGAGUUCAGUGAAUGAAGAGAGCAUCCUGCGUACCAUCAAUAGUCUGGAAUGUGAACUCCAAAGGGACUUAAUAUUUAAGUGUCUAAAAAGAAAUCCAGACGAACGUCCCAGUGCCCAUGAGCUACUAUUUCAUCCGUUGCUAUUUGAGGUGCAUUCGUUAAAAUUACUUGCUGCACAUUGUUUAGUCUUUUCACCGAAAGCUAGAACACAAUUUUCCGAAACGAUAAUCGAUGAAACGAUGCAACGAUGCAGUCGACCCGAAAUUAUAUUGGGUAGUAUUACAAGGGAAUCUGGUGAAAUUAUUUAUCGGUUAUCGGAUGUGCCGUCUGCAGAUAAAUUGGAAAAAUUUGUAGAAGAUGUUAAAUAUGGAGUUUAUCCUUUGACUGCAUUUGCUAACAAAAAGCCUCGGCAAUUCCGAUCACGAGCUGUAUCACCUGAAGCAACCAAUUCAGUUAAAUCUGCAACACCUGAAUCGGUUGAUAUAGAAACCCGACGAAUUGUAAAUAUGAUGUGCAGUGUGAAGGCGAAAGAAAAUAGCCAUGAUUUAUCGAUGACGAUACUUCUUCGAAUGGAUGAUAAAAUGAAUCGCCAACUUACUUGUCAAGUAACAGAUACCGACACUGCUGCCGAUCUAACCACUGAAUUGGUGCGAUUAGGUUUUGUACAUCUUGAAGAUCAAGAAAAAAUCUGUACCCUUCUAGAAGAUACGCUUCGUGGUAGUUUUGCCAGUCAACAACAACACGCAACCUUAGAAAAUAGUGCUUUAAAUGAACCAUCUAGUGAUAGUGGGAUAAAGAGUGUCUCAUCAAAUCCGACGGCAGCUGUCGAACGUAAUUGGUCUGUAGCCGAUAGAGAGUCUCCCUCAUAUCCAACAGCAAGCGGUGCUGCCAGCAAUGAUCAAACGCCAUCUAGUUCAGGAGGCAUAACAACAGUUUUUUCCACACCAACAGCCAGCAGUUGCAGUCAAUCGACUGAACAAUAUAUUAGUCAAGAUCAGUUGCUUCAACAAUUACAACAACAACAACAACAAAAUCCACAGCAGCAACAACAAAGUAGUAACACACAACAACAACAACCAGAACAAGAACAUUAUGAUUAUCAAAAUACUAUUGUUUCUUCCACCGAUGUUGGCAAACAAGAACAUUCGUCAGAACAUCAAAAUUAUACCCAGCAAUAGCAAAUUAUUAUAAUUAUUAUUACUAAUUUCUACAAAAGCAUCAAAAAGAACAAACAGAAAAGAUAAACAAAAAAAUUCAUUAAAUGAAAAAAAAAAAACAACCACAAAACUAUUCGCAGUUAUGCCAGUGAUUAUUCUUGAUAAGAAAUAAAAAAUUAAAUUAUUUAAACAAAAAAAUAAAAAAGCAUUAGGUAUUUAAAUUGAAUUAAAAAAUAAAAAAACAAGUUAAAUAAAAUACAAAAAAAAAAACCUAAGCUAAGCAUUCAUAAGAAAUACUAUUAUUGAAUAUAUAAUACAAUUUAUUAUUAAACUAAACAAAACAAAAAAGAUUAAAAAAACGCAGAAAUAGUAAAAAAAAAACACAUCAAAAUACAUGUAUGCAUAUAAAUAUAAUAUAUUUUUACACAUUUCUUUCAAAUCAUUGAAUUAAUUAAUUAUUAUUAUUCUCGGUAUCUGCACUCAGAAUAGGAAUUUUUUUUCUGUUUAAAAUAAAAUAAAUUAAAUAAAUAAAAAAAAUUACAUUACCUUUACCAAGCUAAGAAAAGUAAAAAAAAAAAAACAGCAACAAAAUAUUUAAAAAAAAACUUAUAAAAUAAUAAAUGUAACUUAUAUAGGAAGAAAACAAACAAACAAAAAAAAAUCAACAUUUAUUUAAAAUUCUAUGAAGAAAUUAAUCAAUAAUAAUGUAAUUCUAUUUGUGCGUACGCUGCGGCAAAAAAAGAGAUAUAAGUAUUUAAACAAACAAACAAACAAGAAAAAAGCCACUAAAAUUACAGAUUUAAAUAAUA